AUGAAUGAACUGAAGUCGAACAACAACCAGCCUCCGCCGCGCAAUGAGCCGUCUCUGCAGCCGGUGAAUGGCAUCGUGCAACCGCCGGUGAUUCCGCCGCCGAAUCGUCCUGGCCGCCGUACAAACAUCCUAGAAGAUCUCAAGUCCGUGCUGAAUUACUUAUGGCGCCAUCGCUACUCGUAUCACUUUCGCCAUCCCGUCGAUACUGUGAGCCUGGGUGUGCCCGACUACCAUACGGUGGUCAAGCGCCCGAUGGACUUGACUACGAUCAGAAAGCGACUGCACAACAAAUACUACUGGCAGGCGAGCGAGGCUCUGGAGGAUUUUAAGCUGAUAUUCGAUAACUGCUUGCUGUACAAUUUGGAGGGCUCACCGGUUUGUCAGGAGGGCAAGCUAAUGAAGGAGGCCUUCUACAAGCGAAUGCAGUCCAUUGAUUUGAGCACGGAGGUGGAACUAGGGCCGAAGUCGGAAAAGCGCAAGAGAAAGGCUACCGAAUCAUUGGAUGCAGCCACGACUUCUAGUCAUUAUUCUAGUCACUGGGUCUCGAGUAGUUCCUCUUGGCUCUGUCCCCCGCCGAUGCCUGGCGGAGUGCCACCAUUUCAUCCUACAUUCCGAAAUUUCGUGGGUCCCAGCUUGAUUCCAUCUUUUAUGCCCGAUUCUUUAGGGAAUCCCUUGACAUCUAUGCAUCCAAUGUCAUCAAUGAUGAAUCCGAUGUUCAAGAAUAAUUGGGAGACAAAUGGAGAAAUGGAUCCACCGCCCUCAGCGCCAAUUUCGAAUCGUCCCAUUGCCUUGCCACCACCCUUGACGUCCACUCCAAUCGAACCCAUGACUUUGCCUUGGCCAACCCCAGCACCAGUUGAAGCUCCAGCUCCAUCGCCUCCUCCGGCUCCAUCGCCUCCUCCGGCUCCCAAGCCACCCAUUAGCAUCAGUUACAAGUCCCUGGACCGAUUGAUCGAAAAAAGCCACUCAGAUCAUCUUCUGAAGUCGAUGGUAAAGCGAAAGCGCAAGCAGGUUACAUGGGCUUUUAACCGGGCUGACUACUGGCGUAGGUACUCCCAGAAUCCGGACUACGACCACGAUCGCGAAGAGAAACUCGAUUGGAAGAUACUUCGGGAGCGCUUGGACUCUGAUAACUUUGAGAGUUUUGAUGGAUUCGUGAGCUCUGUACGAAAGAUGUUCCAGAACGCAUUGCGUUGCUUUCCGGAAGAUGGAUUGGUCAAGGUUUCGGUGAAGAAAACCAAUGAGAUCUUUGAGAAAAGGCUGCCCAAGUACAGGGAGCUAAUUGCAACGGCCAAGGAAAAGGGUCGUCAACUGGUGGCCAGCAGGGAACAAGAUUUUCGUGACUCACUAAACAUGACCACUGAAAAAGAAAAUACUGAUAAGAUCAUAAAAGAAUGGGUUCCAAAGCCAUUUAUUAUUAAAACGGAGUCCGUGUAUGUGCAAGAACAGCGAGUGUACAAUAUGGAGCCCCAGGAUGUACAACAAUUUUCACCGGAGCCGCUGGAUGAAGAAGCUUAUGAUAGCGAUUAA